AUGACAUGGAUGCGAGUCAUACUUGCCAUAUUUUGGAUUUUACUGGAGGGACAAGCUGGUCUUUUCAUCCUUCCUCCCUAUCUGUGCUACUCUGGAAGUCUCAUUCAAGUCCUAACUCUCUUCAGCACCUAUCCUCAUGGUCCAUCUCAUCCUUCUGGUGGAUUCAAAUUUUGCACUGUCACAUUCGACAUCAGCAAUUCCUUGAAGAUCACAAGGUACCAGGCCAAGGCAAGCGCAGUUGUCCAGGAACUGAAGUCCAACUGGACCUGUGUUGUUGUUGCCAUGACUAAUCACACCAAUAACAACAACGGUGAUCUGUUUAUUGGGUACAAAGGGAAGAAGAAGGCAUACGUUUUGGCAUGCGUUCUUGAGAUCCUCCUGUUGCCUUGGCAGUCUGUCAUUGACGGUGCAGAAGAAUCAUACCUGUGGCUUUUUGCAUGCAGCGCACUCAUCAACAAGCCCAUUGCAUUUGGGUGCCUGCAACAGGCAGUGAUAAACCAUUGCAUGACAGCUACCAUUGGCUUCAACGCUGUCUGCUUCCAACCCAGUUUUGCAACCCACCUGCUGCUGGCAUUUAUGGAACUUGUCAUUAUCAAGUGCUUGUCCAUUCGGGUGGCCUUCCCCAAGAUGGUGGGCCAGUCCUACAAACUGGGAUGA